UUCCAGCUGAGUAACUUUAGCAGAUAAAGCACUGAGCAGCUGCAGAGAGGCUGUGCAGUCAGGCUACAGCACCGCCCGCCUGACGGUUAAAAAAAAUAAAGCAGUGUAAGAUCGUGCUGGCCGGACUCUGUGCUUCAUUGGACUGCUCUCUGUGUUUUUGUGGGCGUUUCUACCUCCGACUGCAGAAUGUGGGGCAUUUGCAGCAGAUCUGUGGUGGGGAUGAUGAAGCCCUGCGGUUUUGUGAAGACCAGUUUCUUGGUCAAACCGGUAUCAGCCACUCGAGUCGCUGGCCGAUACUUCACCCACCAGAAGGGGCUGCCAUGCCUGCCUGUCCCCACUUUGCAGCAGACCUGUGAGCGAUACCUUGCCGCCCUAGAGCCCAUUGUGGAGGCAGACGAGCUGAAGCACACCAAAGGGCUGCUGGAGGAGUUUCAGCGAGCUGGAGGGCUUGGAGAGAGGCUGCAAAGGGGUCUGGAGAAGAGGGCAUCCAAAACUGAGAACUGGCUGUCACAGUGGUGGGUUCAGGUGGCUUACCUCGACUAUCGUUUGCCUGUGGUCGUCCAUUCAAGUCCUGGGUUGGUUUUGCCUCGCAUGAACUUCAGUGAUAAGAAAGGACAAAUAAGGUUUGCAGCUAAACUGAUAGCAGGCGUUUUGGACUUUAAGACAAUGAUUGAUAAUGAAACUCUUCCGGUCGAGUACCUGGGAGGGAAGCCUCUCUGCAUGAAUCAGUACUACGAGGUGCUGUCAUCAUGCCGGAUCCCUGGUCUGAAGAGAGACUCGGUGGUGAACCACGCCAAGAGCUCACGACCCCCCAAACACAUCACCGUAGUGCACAACUUCCAGUUCUUUGUGCUGGACGUGCACAACAGCGACGGAACUCCGCUGACUGCAGAUCAGCUCUGCGUCCAGCUGGAGAGGAUCUGCAGUGCCUCAGCAAACUCCAACUCGGAGCCUGUCGGCAUCCUCACCACACAGCACCGAGACUCGUGGGGCAAAGCCUACCUCAACCUCAUCAAAGAUAAAACCAACAAAGAGUCGGUGCUGGCUAUCCAGAGGAGCAUCUUCACACUGUGUCUGGAUGGAGCGAUGCCUCGGGUGUCUAAUGAGCUUUACCGCAGCUGUGCCGCCAUCCAGAUGCUGCACGGAGGAGGCAGCCAGUGGAACAGUGGCAACCGCUGGUUCGACAAGACACUGCAGUUCAUUGUUGGAGAGGAUGGGGUGUGUGGAGCAAACUACGAGCACGCUCCGGCUGAAGGUCCCCCCAUCGUAGCCCUGAUCGACCACGUUGUAGAGUACACGAGGAAGCCUGAGAUGGUGCGGUCUCCCAUGGUGCCUUUACCCAUGCCGCGGAAAUUAGACUUCCACAUCACGCCAGAUAUCAAGAAAGACAUUGAGGAGGCCAAGAACAGCAUGAACACACUAGCCCAAGACCUGGACAUGAGGGUGAUGGUUUUCGGACACUUUGGAAAAAACUUCCCAAAAGCCCACAAGAUGAGUCCCGAUGCCUUCAUCCAGAUGGCGCUGCAGCUGGCCUACUACAGGAUGUACCAGCAGUGCUGUGCCACAUAUGAAAGCGCCUCCCUGCGGAUGUUCAGACUCGGUCGUACUGAUACGAUACGAUCAGCUUCACGUGCCUCAGCCGCCUUCGUCAGAGCCUUUGACGAUCCCAGCAAACAGAACUCUGAGAAAGUGGAUCUCAUGGAGAAGGCUGUAAAGGCUCACAAGUCAUACACUAACAUGGCAAUCAGUGGUCAGGCCAUCGACAGACACCUGCUGGGUCUGAAGAUGCAGGCCAUCGAAGAGAACCUCUCCGUCCCUGAUGUCUUGAAAGACGCCGCCUACACUAAAGCCUUACACUAUCGACUGUCUACCAGUCAGGUCCCAUCCCAGACCGACUGCGUCAUGUGCUUUGGCCCUGUUGUCCCCAACGGGUACGGUGUGUGCUACAACCCCAUGAACGACCACAUCAACUUUGCAGUGUCUGCUUUCAAUAGCUGCAAAGAAACAGCCGCAGCACAGCUGGCUCAGGCAGUGGUGGACGCGCUGCUGGACAUGAGGACACUGCUGGAGCAAGCGCCGAGAGCCAAACUGUGAGGCUCCAAUCGAACGUUUCCGGAGAUGAAACAAAUGCUGCAGUGAGACAGCCGAUUUGUUUGAUUUAUCAUGCACUUUAAAUGAGACUGAAUCAGUGAGAACUGCUGUCCUCCACAUUUCUAAUGAUUUUAUGAUGUUACUAAAAAAUAAAUAAAAUAAAAUAAAAAAUCA